AUGCGCGCCUCACCCUUUCAUGUUUUCCCUCGCCAUCCCCGCUACGCUCUCUUCCUUCUCAUCGUCCUCAUACCCUCAUUCUACCUCCUGCUUCCCUUGCGUCUCGAUCCCCCUCUCACUCCUCUGCGUUUCCCCCCGAAUGAGUCAACGGAUUUAGCAUAUAGGAUGGCACAGGCGGAAGUAAUAUACCAAAAGACACUCAAAGACAGGGAUGGACUGAUUGCGCGCUAUGGUCCCCAUCCAAGUGACCUUGACAUGUUUCCUCCAAAUAAAUCUCCUUGGCCGGCCUACACUGUCUGGGACUAUUUCCCAGCCGCCUUCAAUUGCCCUCACGAAGUCCGUCGAAUCGGUCUACUUGGUGACGGUGGAAAAUGGGUCUGUGGACUCUCGCGUUUGGUGGACAAAAAGGAUUGUGUUGUGUAUUCUGUCGGCAUCAACCGCGAAUCUUCUUUUGAGGGUGACUUACUGAUCAACACCAACUAUUGCAGAGUGUGGGGAUAUGAUUCUUCUGUAAAGGGAUUUGCGAAGCAGAUACCGGCUUCGGAGAGACAUAGAACCACGUUUCACCGCUAUACUCUUGCUGGUGUCGAUCGUCCGGCCUCGGAAUCAGAGCCUGCAAUGUACACGUUGAACACCUUGAUGCAAAUGAAUGAACACCAAUACAUCGAUAUCCUGAAAGUUGAUGUUGAGGGAUGGGAGUUUGAUACCUUCACAAACUUAAUCAAAUCCUUCGCGGAACAAGACCUCCCACUUCCUUUUGGUCAGUUGCAACUGGAGAUUCAUGUUUGGGAUAAGAAAUUUGACUAUUUUCUGAAAUGGUGGGAGGGGCUCGAGGAGGUUGGAUUGAGACCUUUUUGGACCGAACCGAAUCUUGUAUAUGUUAAUUACGCUGGUUCACGAAAACCAGAACUGGCAGAGUACUCGUUCUUGAAUAUCAAAGGCGAAAACGUCUUUAUAACUUGA